CGCAGUCGGACGACGGAGCCGACCGCCGGGCUUUGUGAUGGGCAGCUGUGCGUCGACGCCUCCACUACUCUCCGACCGCGGCGUUCUGCGCAUCAUCGGAAUGACCAGCGACGCAAGCUCCUCGCAGACGAAGGCAGUCGCCGCGAUGCUCAUGACCGCGGAAGCGGUGAGCUGGGACGGCGACCCGGUCAAGACCGGCUCCUUCACGGCCGGCGCGGCCUCUUUCGUGGCCGCCCACUGCAAUACGGCCAGUGCGGUUCUCCCGGCGACGACGCCUGGCUCCGAUGGGACCUACACCCAAUCCGGAGAUCUCGCCAUCGGUUGCGUGCCAAAAGCCAAAGCCGUCUCGCAGGCGGCGGGCUUUGACGAGGCGGGGCUGCUUCUGGACGCGAGGCUGGGUGCCAAGUGGGCGGAGACGUUCGGCGACAGCGCGCAGUACGUGAAGCUCGCCGCGGCCAACCUGGCAGCCACGCCCGGCAUCCGCAGGGUCGCUUGGCAGCUCGACGAGGACCGGGCGCCAGAGGAGUACGCGGAUUGGGUCUCGCUCGCCGAAUACAAGGCGUUCGCCGGCUACGCAGGCUCCCCUCCCUACGUCGUGCUCGGAGCAAGAGGGGUGCCGCUCAGCCAAUCGGAGCUCGAGCGGCAGCCCUGGUACGCGAUCACGCCCGAGCAGCUCGGCUGGGCGUGAGGCUGCUGCCGUGAGCGGGGGGGAACCGUCGUACCAGGACGCGGAUUAUUUUUAUUAACAGAAUGCAUGCCUCG